UGUUUCUCUCUCUCUAGCUCUUUGGCGCACUGUGUACAGGAGGAAGCCACGUUGACAAAAUAAAGCGGUGAUUUCAUGCAGCGAACUUAAAAUUUGAGCUUUCAUAAGAAAAGAGUUUGCUGUUAAAAGCUGAGAGGUGUAAAGGUCUGCCAGAGUAAACAGGAUGAGUGUAGGCUUCAUUGGAGCGGGUCAGCUGGCCCAAGCCUUGGUGAAGGGCUUCACUGCAGCGGGUGUAAUUGCAGCACACCGGAUCACGGCCAGUUCUCCAGAUACAGAUCUGCCAACAGUGGCCGGGCUCAGGAAAAUGGGCGUGAACUUCACAACCAGCAACAAGGAAACGACACAUAAGAGCGACGUCCUCUUUUUGGCCGUCAAGCCUCAUAUUAUUCCUUUCGUCCUGGAUGAAAUCGGACCUGAUAUUGAAGACAGGCAUCUCAUCGUGUCCUGUGCUGCCGGGGUCACCAUUAGCUCCAUUGAGAAGAAACUGCUCCAGUACCGUGCUGACCCUAAGGUGAUCCGCUGCAUGACUAACACCCCAGUGGUGGUGCGUGAGGGGGCCACGGUAUACGCCACCGGCACGCACGCUGAGGUGGAGGACGGGAAGCUUCUGGAGCAACUCAUGGCCAGUGUGGGAUUCUGCACGGAGGUAGAGGAGGAUCUGAUCGACGCCGUUACAGGACUCAGCGGCAGUGGGCCAGCUUAUGCUUUCACGGCUCUCGAUGCUCUGGCUGAUGGUGGUGUGAAGAUGGGUCUGCCCAGGAGGCUGGCUGUGAGGCUUGGAGCGCAGGCACUGCUUGGAGCAGCUAAAAUGCUCCUGGAUUCAGAGCAGCACCCAGGCCAGUUGAAGGACAACGUGUGCUCACCAGGGGGCGCCACCAUCCACGCCCUUCACGUCAUGGAGAGCGGUGGCUUCCGGAGCCUCCUCAUCAAUGCCGUGGAGGCUUCAUGUAUCAGGACCAAGGAACUGCAGUUUCUUGCUGAUCAGGAGCAAAUCUCUCCUGCUGCUAUUAAGAAGACCACGCUGGACAAGGUGUUGCAGCAGCCUGGUGUCUCUGCGAACAGAGUGGGAACCAAGAGCAGAGUCAACUUAUUCAACAAAACCGGAAUUAAGAAAGCUUAAGGAAUGUUACACACACACUCACACACACCCCUCUUACUUUAUUCACUCCUUUGGGCACAGAUGUUAAUCCAACUAUUCUGAUGAAUUUUGAACAGAGUAGUUCGGUAUAACUGUAAACACACACACACACUUGUACGGACUCGGACUGAAACUAACAGAAGUGCAUUUCCAGCAUGCUGUCUAUCGCCUUGUGCCUCCUUGCAGCAGCAGACAGCUUGUUCGCUCCCUUGGGAUUAGCAUCAGGAGUUACAGGCAGCAGAUGCUAUAUGACGUUAUCAUUUUUUUUUUUCUUAAGUACCUUUCUGUCCUUUAAAAAAAUCAACAGUGAUAUCAAAUUUUGUUUUGCCAUCUACAUAUUUGUAAUAUUUGAAUUUUGAAGUAUCCACAUCUAAUAUUUGGGCCCAAAAUCAUUGUAUGUAUGUUUGUUCUUUUCUUAGUGCUCUACUUUAACACACAAUAAUUUAUAUAUAUA